UUGACAGCGUGACCGCGAUUGUGACAUUCUUGCUCCCGAGUCUCAACGCGUCGCGACGCGUCAUGUCCAACCCACGCCAACGGACUAUAAUCAAGGCAAGGAUUUCGGCACGUGUCUCUUUACUUAGCUCGAACUUGAAGAGAAUCUAGGUCUUCAGGAAAUACAGUAACUCCCUUGGUCCAGAUUCACUGCAACUGCUCGAGACAAUCUUGACCGAGCACGAAAUUGAGGAUGCAGAAAUCGAAUCUGCUAUUGAAACUAUCGCUAGGGAAUACAACAAGCAAGAUGACGCUCUCAUGAAAGUGUCCCCUGAAGUUCUCCAGCGAGUUUACGAGUCCCUUCAAGACCAAGGUCAACACACAGGUAUAGAGAAAGAGCUGUUGGACCCGGACGCACAUCUCCAUAUCAUCGAUGCGUUUGAUAUGCCAUUGUGGCAUUGGGCUCCAGAGCGAGGGACAUUCGAAAAAGUCACCAAUUCUUUGAGCAUAUCCGGGUCUGCCGAAUCCCGAGUCCUUGCUAUCCGCGAUCGACUGAACAUCAUCAAGCAAUGCGUGCUUCGAAAUGAACAUUUUGCCCCGUCUACUGUGCCGUCACGGGAUCGGGAGCGGCUAGUGACAGCAAGUCUCAAAUCCACGAAACAACUUCUUGGCCGAGCCGGAGACCGAUUCCUUUUGCUUGGUAUGCUUGCGCAUUCAAAAGAAGGAAAACUUUGUAUCGAGGACUCUGAUGGAAGUGUCGAACUGGACUUUUCAAAGCUCGAUGAACCAGGUGAUGGACUGUUUACUGAAGGAGGUUUCGCACUCGUCGAGGGAGAGUAUACGGAAGAUGGGAAUUUGGAGAUCAUUGCUAUCGGACAGCCGCCAUCCAUCUACGGUCACAUCGAUUUCCUCGGAAAAGGCGCUACUUCUUUGCUGGAAGAUAACCAGAUAUCUGUUCGCGUGCGCGAAGAGCUUCCGGACCUCAAUUUCUUUUUCUUGUCCGAUGUUUGGUUAGACCAUCCUAGGACGUUCACGGGCUUGCAAAAGAUGUUGGACAAUUGUGUGGAAAACCACUUUAUACCCAAACUCAUCGUUCUGUGCGAAAAUUUCGAUGCAUUAGCGGAUCUGAUCACAUCUUACCCGUCCAUAUUGCGAUCCACACACUUUGUGCUCGUGCCUGGUCCUUUGGACAUCACCCUGAACGCCAGUCUUCCGAGACGACCACUGCUAUCUAGCGUCGUGGGGCGCUUGAAAUCACGGGUCCCACAUAUACAUUUCGGCACCAAUCCGUGCCGCAUCAAGUUCUUCGACCAGGAGAUCGUCGUGUUCCGGGAGGACUCGAUGGCCCGGAUGCUGCGCAAUAUUGUGGGGGUGAAGCUUGAUGCGCGAAGCGAAGAUCUGAAGCGCUUCCUAGUGCAAACAAUACUGGACCAGGGGCAUCUGUGCCCGCUGACCAUCAAUAUCCAGGGAACGCUUUCAGACUUUGACCAUUCUCUGCGGCUUUAUCCUCUACCAACAGCUGUCGUGCUUGCGGACAAAUACGACCGAUACAAGAUCACUUACACGGGUUGUCACGUCUUUAACCCAGGCAGUUUUGUGGGCCCCCAGUUCGUGUUCUCGACGUACCAGCCAGCAGAGUUGAACUCGGAAGAAUGGUGA